CCCGUCCGUUAUGAUACGGAAAAUUUUCGUAAAUAUGUGUUAUGUAUUGUGAUUAUAGUGAACCGAGGCUGUGUUGGAUGGUGUUGUGAUUUUUUUUUCGUUUUCAAAUGUCAAUGUUCAGUUGAACGCGAGCAGGGAUGGAUGGCGAAAAUCGUAUCAUUUUGAACGUUGGCGGAAUAAGAUACGAAACCUAUAAGGCUACGCUAAAGAAGAUCCCGGCGACGCGGUUGUCGCGCUUAACGGAAGCACUCGCCAACUACGACCCAGUGCUUAACGAGUACUUCUUUGACAGGCAUCCCGGGGUCUUCGCGCAGGUCCUUAACUACUACAGAACUGGGAAACUCCAUUACCCUACAAAUGUGUGCGGGCCGCUUUUCGAGGAGGAGCUCGAGUUCUGGGGGCUGGAUUCCAACCAGGUCGAACCGUGCUGCUGGUCGACUUACAGCAUACACAGAGAUACACAGAACACAUUGGCUAUUCUGGAUAAGUUGGACAUCGAUAGCGAAAAACCCUCGGAAGAAGAAAUCGCCAGAAUCUUCGGCUAUGAGGAAGCGUACCUCAAUGGCGAGCUCGGGGCUUGGCAGAGAGUCAAGCCUAAAGUAUGGGCGUUGUUCGACGAACCUUCAAGUUCGCCAGCUGCAAAGGUGAUAUCGGCUAUGUCCGUUUUCUUCAUCUGCAUAUCAGUGCUAUGCUUCUGUUUGAAGACGCAUCCGGAUUUGCGAGUUGUGGAAUUGCAUCUGGAGAAUUACACAGAGAACUCAACGGCUGUAGUAAGAGCUGGAGCGUUUGAAAAUAAUGGUCAGCCCCAUGUAGCCUUCUUCUAUAUCGAGCUGGUCUGCAACGUCUGGUUUACCGUCGAACUGCUUGUAAGAUCUGUGGUAGCCCCAAAUAUAAUAGAAUUCGUCAAAUCACCAGUCAACAUAAUCGACUUCAUAGCCACAUUAAGUUUCUACAUGGACGUCGUCGUGGAACUGGCAGUUCUGAAAAGGAAUGUGGACAAAGCUGAUAUUUUAGAAUUCAUAUCUAUCAUCAAGAUCCUCAGGUUAUUCAAGCUGACGAGGCACAGUCCUGGCUUAAAGAUCCUCGUCCAUACAUUCAAGGCUUCAGCUAAAGAAUUGACGCUGUUGGUUUUUUUUCUCGUCCUCGGUAUUGUUAUAUUCGCCAGUCUCGUGUACUAUGCGGAAAAAUCACAAGACAACCCCGACAAUCAAUUCAAGUCCAUUCCGUUGGGAUUAUGGUGGGCUAUCGUGACGAUGACCACAGUGGGUUAUGGCGACAUGGCACCGAAGACUUAUCUUGGCAUGUUCGUUGGAGCACUUUGUGCUCUAGCUGGCGUGCUCACGAUAGCCUUACCCGUGCCUGUCAUAGUAUCCAACUUCUCCAUGUUCUACUCCCACACCCAGGCGCGAUCAAAACUACCUAAGAAGCGGCGACGAGUGUUACCUGUUGAACAGCCUCGAAGGAAACGCGACGCUGGCGCCUCCAAUCGGAGGGUGAAUGCAGUUAAACAUCCCGUGGUUCUAAAGGAGUUACCCGGGAACAAUAAGUUUGGCGUAAACGGUAUGAAUAUGAUAAGUUUAGCUCUUCAAGGUCCGUCGAACGUGCUUCGUCCACCAGCGACCACUCUACCACUUCAAGCGAGAGCACCCAUAGUCGAGAGCCCGAUUAUCAACACGCAGUGCGGUGCUAUAUCACUGGCGUCUCUGCAACCACCUUUGAUGACCGCCCCACCCUUGCAACCGAGACCCGCAACCACUGGUUCCUUAGACCUGAUGCUACCCUUGCAACCGAAACUAUUACCCGGCUACAAUUUACAAUCAUCAUUUUUAUCCAGUACCCUUUCAACCGUUCGUCCGCCAGAUUUACCUAAAAGCGAAAAAAAUAGUUUUUACAGACCAAGUGUUGGUGUUAUAGUUGAAAAAGGCGAAUCUCUUUCAGAUUCCGCUAAAGACAAUGUAAUUAAUUCAGGUGGUAGUUAUUCAAAAGAUGAAAUAAAUUGUAAUGUUUUAGAUGCUAAUACAGUUGAAACAAGUCUAAAUUAUAGUUCGAAUGAUAACAGUCCUAAUAAUAAUUCUUAUUAA